CCCUACUGUUUGCAUUCACGUGAGAUGCAGAAUUGAACAGGAGGCAUUGGAGCGUCUCUAUAUGCUAUUUAGAAACUUAACAGAGAAAGGACUACAAAGUGAAGACCUUGGAACCAAGAAUUCGACUUUAGUGAAGAGGAAAUGGAGGGCCAGGUAUUUGCUGAGUGCUUAGACAUUCUAGAUGAAAACAGCAAAAGUGAAAGAUUUACUUCACAAGGCCUCUGGCUUCGACAGUGCAGCCUAGAUUCUGCCUCAUCCUUAUCUGACUGCGAAGAGUCAACGUUCGAAAAUUUGACAAAAUCAAACUUGGAUGAUUUUGCAGAGAAUUUUUCACUAAACGAGGAGAGCAAUGACAUUUAUAUUGAUUAUUUAUUUUCUGCUGGUUUGGCUGACAAGUUGCUGAGCCAGCAGGGGGGAGACGAGAGCCUAACUUCAGAAAGCAGUCUCGACUCUGACCGUGACGAUUUAUGCGAAACAUUUUCUAUUUCAUCACCGAUAUCAGAUGGUUAUGACAUGAGUGGAAAAAUUAAUUUACAAAAUAUGGAGUUGAUUACUAGUAAAAGUACAGACUCGUUCAGUUUGAGUGAAUUUCUAAAUCCUUGCAAAUUUCACAACCAGAAAUCGAGUAGAAACUGUGAGUCAUUGAAGAGUAAAAUGACCUUUGAUCCUUUGGAGUCCAAAGUACCAAACAAACAAACAGUUGGUUUGCAAAGCCGAGCAGGAAGUGUUGACAAAAAGAAAGUACAAAAGAAAAGCGAUGUCUUGGGAAGAAGCCGUAUCCUUACACGCCAGAAAGCCAAGGAAAUUACUGCUAAGAGACCAUUCAUUUGUACGUACAAGGGAUGCGGCAAGGCUUAUAUAAAAAGCUCCCAUUUAAAAACUCACUUACGCAGACACGCGGGUGAUAAACCUUUUAUUUGCACACACGAAGGAUGUAAGUGGAGGUUUUCCAGAUCGGAUGAGCUCACAAGACAUAAGAGAUCCCAUACUGGCCUCAGACCUUUUACUUGUAAAACAUGUUGCAAAACUUUCGCCAGAUCUGACCAUCUUUCGAAACACUCUCGAAUACAUAGUCGGUGAUAUCUAUUCAAGGGAUUGAGCUUACAUUCUGUGAUUUUCAGGAAGACCGUUAGAAUGAAACUUAUUUCGAGGGGGCUGUAAGAAGACACUGACCCCCUUUACUUCUUAUUAAGGGCCGCAGAUCAUACAACUACAAUUAUAAAAGAGGGCUUGAAAUUUUUUAGAGGCGCAAUAUGCUACAAGCCAAAGCUAGGUGACUCACGACACUCCUUGUCCCCUUUGAAGCAAGCCCUUUAAAAAACCUACCCCGGUGAAAAAUUCCCCGCCCAGGGAGACUUCUUGUGAUAAAUCAAAUGUCCCGGGGAUUUAUCCGUUUCUUCCCAAUGACUCCUUCAAGCAUUGAUUUGUUUUCCCUUGUUGGCAAGACAACUUUUGCUGCCCCUGUCCUUUUGCUGCCCUUGCCGCUAUUGGAGUUGAUGUCCUCACAGUCCCUUGCUUCUAGGGUCCCUAGUUCCCAUUGAAACUCUGAUUGAAAUAAAGAGGGAUAUUGGGUGAUAAUUGAGAGCUAACACCCGUGCCAUUGCCCCUACUUCUGAUGGCCUUAUUCGUCGUCAUGCUUGUUUUGUUAAUAAGUAUGGUUGAAUAAUCAUUGUUUUUUAGCUUUAACCUUAGUUGUAUAUUAAAAUUCAUGCGUGAUUUUGCCAAUAUUAGGGUCUCUUGGAGCAAUCAAGCAAGACAUUUACCCUAGUUCCCAGUUUUCAGCAUUACAGAGACAUUUUUACCUUAGAUGCCUAGGCCCUUUAACUGAGUUAACAGAGCAUCGAACAUUUUGUAACCAAAUCAUUAUAUUUGCUGGUUUUGAAACAAAAAGCAAUCAUCAUUACUCUUAUGCAGUUUAACGUUUAGCUGACGUUAGCACAAAGACAGUAUGCCCUGUUGACUUACUCCCUAAUUGCGAGUAAACCUGUUUUCUGAAAGCAGGACAUUCAAGCCAAGCACCCAUUUUGUUUCGGUCUCUCCCCCGACCUCAAUUGCCGGAUAUUUUAAAAACCUUUAAUUCGAAAGCCCAUUCAAGAUGUUUUGUUGUCUGAAAUGCUUGGGCCUAAGCCCC